AUGACCACCGCUCCCACAGCAGACUGGCAAACAGUCGCCGCCUUAAAGCGCGAUGCUCUUUCCAAAAAGAUACCAGUGGGGUGGCGCAUACCUUCCUCAAUUCUGGACCAGGUUUCGGAAACAUCAACUUUGAACGUCCUAAAUAUCCCCCGUGAAUGUGGACUUCUCACAGAGCAAGAGCUAGAACUAACCGAAAACUACGAUGCUACAGCUUUGAUUGAGUUGAUGAGUGGCGGGAAGGUCAAAAGCUACGAUGUGACACUUGCAUUUUGUAAGAGAGCAGCCAUUGCGCAACAGCUAGUGAACUGCUGUACCGAGAUUAUGUUUGAGGAGGCACUUGUUCGAGCGAAACAGUGUGAUGAUUAUCUUGCGAAUGAAGGGAGGCCAAUGGGUCCUAUGCACGGUCUACCGAUUAGUUUGAAAGAUUCAUUCAAUGUAAAGGGCAUCCACACCACGAUAGGUUAUGUGUCCUUCAUCUCACACCCACCCGCAACAUCCAAUUCCGUCCUCGUUGACAUCCUCUUUCGUCAUGGCGCUGUCUUCUAUGUGAAAACCAACCUACCGCAGUCCAUGAUGACGGCUGACUCGCACAACAACAUCUUUGGAAGGACCCUUAACCCCAACAAGCUCUGUCUCACAGCUGGCGGAAGCACGGGUGGCGAAGGGGCGCUGAUCAAAAUGCGGGGAUCAGUGUUGGGAUUGACAACUGAUGUCGCAGGUUCAAACCGGAUUCCCGCACUGUGCAAUGGAAUUAGUAGUUUCAAGCCUACAGCAGGCAGAAUUCCGUUCGGAAGGAAGGUACCUCCCGGUAGGGUGGGCAGUCCCGGGAGUAUACUGCCGGUUAUCGGGCCGGAAGGGCAUAGUGUCAGGGACUAUGAGCUCUUCAUGAAGACAACAAUCGAUAGUGAGCCCUGGGAUUUCGACGAGAAUACUUUAAACGUGCCAUGGCGGCGCGUUGAGCCCUUCAAACGACCAUUGAGGUUUGGUUUAAUUAAGGGACACCCGAAGAGGCCACUUCAUCCGACUAUUGCUAGGACAUUGCACAGUGCCGCGACGCUGUUGAAGAAUGCGGGACAUUCUAUGUUCCUGAUGGAUGAGAAAAUUCCAGAUCUGUGGGAUAAUGCCUUGUUGACAUGGAAGUACUUCCUGUUGGACCCGAAGAGGACCCCUGUUCAGUAUGUCAAUGCAUCGGGAGAACCCUGGGUGCCUUCGAUCAAGACAACUGCGUUUCCGGAGUUGGUCGGGUGGCAGGCAUCGCUGGAUGAUCUGUGGGAUAUGAAUGUGGCACGCGCGAAGGUGUUGAAGGCGUACCAUGACUUGGUUGUGGAGAACAAGCUCGAUGCUAUUCUGAUGCCGGGGUAUCAGGCAACGGCGGUCCCACAUGAUACAUUCGGUGUUCCUAUCUACACGAUGUUGCAGAAUCUGCUUAAUGUGAGGGAGGGACAUUGCUGA